GUGAGCUUGUUGGUCAUAAAGACUUGGUGUCGGGCUUUUCUUUCUGUCAGCACGUCGGGCAGAGUCACAUCUGUGUCAGCUCCUCCACCGAUGGCUCCGUCCGCUUCUGGGACUCAGACGACAAGGUGCUCAUAAGAGAGGAUGCAGCUCAUCAGACGUCCGUCACAGCGCUGCACUGGUCUCCACUGGAUAAAAACCUGGUGGUGUCCGGUGAUGAGAAGGGCAUCGUGGUGUGUCACUGGUACAACACGGGAGACACCAGCAGCUUCUUCCCCGAGCCCCGGACCAUCUUCUGCCUGAGCUGCUCCCCGCACACCUGGAGCUGCGUGGCUGUGGGGUACAAAGACGGGAUGAUCGUGCUGAUCGACGUGAGCAGGAAAGGCGAGGUGAUGCAUCGUCUGCGCGGACACGACGACGAGAUCCACUCGCUCGCCUGGUCGUCUGUACUUGGCGAGGACGCCCUCUACUGUCGAUCUGAGGACGGUGACGGCGGCGGCAUUGGAGUGUCUGCGGGAGACGGGAAAGGGUGCUACCUCGCCUCGGGGAGCAAAGACCAGACUGUGAGGGUCUGGAGCUCGACGAGGGGAAAAGCUGUGAUGACUCUGAAGCUGCCAUUCAUGAAGAAAAGAGUCGCCGUCGACCCCGGGGUCAAAGAGCGACUGUGGCUCCACGUCCACUGGCCGAAAGGACGAGCCGCCCAGCUGGUGUCCAGCUGCUUCAGUGGCGAGCUGGUGAUGUGGGACUUGACUCGAGCGGGGAAGCAGAGGUGGACUCUGUUCGGGACGUCUUCAGAGGGUCAGAAUCACAACCGGAUCGUGUUCAACAUGAGCUCGGUGCGUCUGCAGGACGACAGAGAGCUGCUCGUCAGCACCUCCAUGGACCGCGAGAUUAAAUGCUGGGACCUGACCUCUCUGGACUGUCUCUGGACUCUGCCCACCCUGGGCGGUUUUGUCUACGCCCUCACCUUCUCCCCCGUGGGCACGGGGUGCCUGGCGCUCGGCGUCGGGGACAACAUGAUCCGGGUGUGGAACACGCUGACCACCCAGAACCAGUAUGACACCCGGUCCUUCUGGCAGGGCAUCAAAUCCAAAGUGACAGCGCUGGCGUGGCACCCUCAGAAAGAAGGAUCUCUCUCUUUUGGAACAGACGAUGGAAAAGUCGGGAUUUAUGACGUCUUCUCCAACAAGCCUCCUCAGAUAUCGAGCUCCUAUCACCGGAAAACGGUGUACACGCUGGCCUGGGGCCCCCCCGUCCCCCCGAUGUCAUUUGGGGCAGCGGGAGGAAAGCCGUCCUGCAGCCUGUACAGCUGCGCCGGCGAGGGCGUCAUCCUGCAGCACGAUCCGAGCAGGCUGAGCGGAGAGGCAACGGACAUCGACAAACUGAUCAGAGACACCAACAGCAUCAAGCACAAGCUGUCUCCACACACCGACCUCAGCUGGAAGCCAGAUGGAAAAGUGGUCGCCAUCGGCAACGAGGACGGGUGUAUCGACGUGUACGAGGCGCCCGCUCUGAAGCUGCUGUGCAGCAUCCAGCAGCACCACAAGAUCAUCAACACGCUGCGCUGGCAUCAUGACCACGCCUCGUCCGCCGAGCUGCACGGCCUGCUGGCCUCCGGCUCCAGCAACGCCAUCGUCUACGUGCACGACCUGCGCUCCAUCGUCGAGAAUCCUCCUGACAGCCCCGUGGUGCUGACCGAGCCGUACCGCAGGCUGUGUGGUCACACGUCUAAGAUCACCGGCAUGGCGUGGAGUCCGCACCACGACGCCCGGCUGGUUACCGUCUCGUACGACGGCACGGCACAGGUGUGGGACGUGCUGCAGGAGGCGGCGCUCUCCAAUUAUCGGGGUCACCAUGGUUACCUGCUGAGCGUCGACUGGUCUCCGGUGGAUCCAGACGUGAUCUGGACUGGGGGGAAGGACUUCACCCUGCAGGAGUGGAGAGUCUCCAAACAGGAGUUCACAAAGCCGCCCAAAGGGAAGAAGAACACUGAGCUGAAGGAGAAGAUGAAGGCCAACCCGAGGCAGAAGAAGAAGAACAAGAAGACGUUGGGGAGCGGGGGAGCUGCACCGCUGGAGACCAACGGGGAGGCGGUUAAAGGUGAACAGAAAGCAGCGGCGGGUCAGGAACUGUCCGGUGAAGACGAGGACGAUGAAGUCAGCUCCACUCACAGUCCCGUACCUGCAGCAGCCAACGUGGAGAUUCAAAGGAAAGCGCCCGUUACAGCGAGGAGCAAAGACAAACCAGUUUUUCCAGACUCAAACUUGCAGAAGAAGAAGAAGCCUCGCUCCAUGCUGCCCGUCAGUACCUCCAUGGACCAUCGGCCCAAAGACGAUCUGCUGCAGGACUGCGUCACUCUGGCCGCCGUCCGACACAGCGAAGCGCCCCCUGCUGGCUGCGUUCCAGGUCAGGGAGACCACAUCCAUCUGGGUCUGUUCUCCGACAGACCGGCUCUGCGGCGCAUGUUCGAGUCCGAGGAGGAGAAUCACGUGGAGGCGGGUCACUACGACUCUGUGGUGUACCUGCGGCUGUGGAGCGGCGACCUGGAGGGGGCGCUGCAGCUCGCCACAGAGAAAGGAGAGCUGAACGACCACCUGCUCGCCAUCGCUCCUAUGGCCGGGUUCCAGGCGUGGAGCCGGGCGGUGGAGGCCUUUGUGAAGCAGCUGUGUCUGCAGGAGCAGUACCUGAAGGCAGCAUCGCACCUGCUGUCAAUCAACAAGCUGUACGAGGCCGUGGAGCUGCUGCGCUCGCACAAACUCUACAGGGAGGCCAUCGCGCUGGUCAAAGCCCGGCUGCCGGCGGACGAGCCCGUCCUGAAGGAGCUCUACACUUGCUGGGCCGCCGUCCUGGAGAAGGACGGACAUUUCUCUGCGGCUGCCAAAUGUUACCUCGCUGCAGGCGCCAGCUUCGACGCCGCCAAAGUCAUCGCCAGAAAGAACGACGUCUCCUCUCUGAGGACGGCGGCCAGCUUGGCGAGAAUCUCCGGAGAGGUCGCUCUGGCUCAGUCUCUGGCGCUGAGGUGUGCCAAAGACCUGGCUGCUGAUCUGGACUGGGUCGGAGCCCAGGAGGUUCUGAGCGCUCAGGAGACGCUGCUGGUCCACAGGCUCCAUCUGUGUGUCGCCGAGCUGCUGGCUGCGACGCUCUCCGACCCGCCCGCUGGAUCUCCGGCAUCCUGCGCCUCCAGCAACACGUGGGCGUCGCCGGGCGAGGCUCACGUCAGCAUCCAGGACCGGGUGCGAGGCGUGUGGGAGGAGCAGUUUGGGGUUUCACAGGAAUCGGUAGGAAAUCACAGCGCCACCUAUCUGCUGCAGGAGCUAAAGUCUGUGGAGAGUCCGACGCCGACCGCCAACAUUCCUCUGAGACAGCUUCAGCUGUACUCAUCCCUCCACCUGACCUGGGCCGUGCUCAGCUCCUUAUUGGACGAUGAUGGCCAGCUGCUGAAGGAGGCGUGGCAGGCGGUGUCCUGGUUCAGAGACGCCGGACACUUCUGCGUCUCUGCAGAGCUCUGCAGGCUGCUGUACCCGGACG